UACAGCUGCUGUGACCGAUGAGGUGGCUGUCACUACUGCACCUCCUGUGACUGGCGAAGUGCCCAUCAGCACGGCAGCUGGGGAAGCUCCCGGUAGAGACAAGGAUGACUCUGAUGCUACCACCAAGGUCGCUACGGAGGCUGCAACUGUCACGACUACUAUCGGGGCUCCUGUUGAGCCUACUACUAUCACGUCCCCUUUCCUGGUCAGCACAGCUGCUGUGACUGAUGAGACUGUUGAUACUACUGCAGCCCCUGUGACUGGCGGGGUCACCAUCACCACGGCAGCUGGGGAAGUUCCGGGAAGAGACAAGGAUGAUGCUGAUGCUACCACCCCGAUCGCUACUGAGACUGCGACAGUCGCUACUACGAUCAGUGCUUCUGUUGAGCCUACUACUAUUAUGACGUCCCCUCAACCGGUCAGUACGCCCGCUGUGACCGAUGAGAUUGUUGCUACUACUGUGGACACGACCGAUUCCGAGACUACUCUCAGUCCGAUUGUGUAG